AAAAAACACAAUGCUAAAAUUUAAUACUAGUAGUUUCUCGCACACUAGAUACUUUGUUUACGAAAUAAAUGACUAAUAUAUUUGAGGUUUAAACUUGUAACUUUAGUUAUAAAACAAGGAAGUAAAUAAAGAGCAAAUACCAUGUAUCCAAUAUCAAAAGCAAAAUAUUUACAUUAGAAACCUGUGAGACAAUUUGAGGAAUACCAUUUCAAGGUAAAACAUGGCAGUCCCAGGAAAGAAAACAUCAAAACAAUUUUCAUCAUCAACAACAUCCAUGGCAUCAGAUGAAGAUCUUCAACUUUACUGCCAGCCAUGUGACGAGGAAGGAACUAGACUCCCUGCCCAUGGUUACUGUACUGACUGCAAGGAACACCUUUGCAAGACAUGCUUUACAGCCCAUAAAAUAAGUAGGCUUUCCAAACAUCAUAAACUUCAGGAGGCUAAGAAUAUGCCUAAAGUUUUGCAGCAACCAUCAACAUCCAUUCACACAGGCCAGUCUGAUGACCUAACCACACCCUGUCUUAAACAUCCAAAGGAAAUGAUCAAGUUCUAUUGUCAUGAUCAUGAAGGAUUUCUCUGCAGUGUUUGUGUUACCCUUGAACAUCAAGCUACUUCCUGCAAAGUCAACUAUAUACCAGACAUUUCUGGUGAUAUCAUAGACAGCAAAGAAUACCAAGUUAUCUUGAAUGCAGUAAAUACCACUUCUGGCAAAUUUCAACAGAAAGUAGAAGAUGUCAAGAAAAUGACAUACAAAUCCAUCAGCUCUCUCAAGGAAUCAUUGGCAGAAAUCAAAAAGUUUCGACAAGAAAUCAACCAAAGACUAGAUGAACUUGAGAGACAGACUGAAGAUGCAGCUAAAGUUUUAGAACAAGAAAACAACAAACAUCUGAAAGCAGUAGAAACAACAUAUGAAGACAUAACCAAAUCUUUGAAGGCAUCGUCAGAUAAAAUCAAACAACUGAACACAUCAAAACAAUCUGACAAACUCUUCAUGGAACUCAAACUUGCUGAGAAAACAAUAAAAGAUAUGGAGGAAAAAGAACUAAAACUAUCUUCAUAUGAUUUCAAAGAGCACAAGUUUAAAGCAAAUGUGGCAAUAUUAACAAAGCUUAAAGCAGAGAAGUCUUUGGGUACACUGAUGCAGAGAACUUUAAAUAAAGAAGCACUACCCAUACAAACACAGUCUAGACAACCUACACAUGAGGGAGAUAUCUGUGUGAAGACAUCAAAAGAUAAAUACAUGAGCUUUAUAACAGGAAUGACUCUGCUGACACCUGAUCUUCUUAUCAUCGCUGACUACCAAAACUAUGCUGUAAAGAUGGUGGAUACCAGCAGUCAAUCUGUGUGUGAACAGCUACAACUAAAUGAUCAACCACGGGAUAUCACCCCAGUAACCAGUACUACACUUGCGGUCACACUUUCUUACAAAUGUACAGUACAGUUUAUAGCAAUCUCAUCAAAUAAACUCACAAAGAGGCACACUAUGAAGGUUGAUGGUAAAUGUUAUGGUAUAAGCUGUCACCAAGAUAAACUUGUUGUGUCAUUUUAUAACCCUGCAAAACUUCAGAUCCUUGAUAUGAAUGGCACAAUACUGACAACAAUUGAUGGAAAAAAUAUCUUUAAAUCUCCAUGGUAUAUCACAUGUAACAGAAGUUCAAUCUAUGUAUCUGACUGGAACAUUAACACAGUUACAAGAUUAAACUGGCAGGGUGAUGUGGUUGGUAGUUAUAGUGGUAUGAGUGAGUCUAAGGGAAUGUCACUGUCAGAUGAUGGUACUGUCUAUGUGUGUGACUAUGGGAGAAAUGUAAUACAAGAAAUAUCAGGAGAUUGUUCUACAGGAAAGGUUGUGUUGAAGGAUCCCGAAAAAUUUUCCCCUAUCUGCAAAUGCUGGUUUGAAGGGAAAACAAAAAAGCCUGAUUUUUGCAGUUCCGCCUGA